AUGUCUUACUUCUCGUACGCCACCUCUAUGUUGAGCAGCAUGCUCAACAACGUGGCAGAGCAAAUCGGGAGCUAUGUCAACAUCCCAGAAACUCAGGUAGACAGACAGACAGAGAAUGAGGGGACGGAUCCGGAGAAGGAGGUGAAGAAGGAUGCUCCAGAAGCGGUGGAGAAGGAGGAACAGAAGAAGGAACCUUGUGAGGUCGGAAAGAUGAACGAUGACGAAUUCGAACUAAUCACCGAUCACGAGUUGUAUGUCAUAAUGUUCGAGCGAGAUGGAGGGGUCGUCACAGAAGAGAACUUCUUCAUCAAUUUGGAAGAAUCUAUUGCCAACCAUUAG